AUGGCGGAGCCAUCGGCCUCCUCCGCGGCCGCCACCGCCGCCGCGGAGCAGACGGACGCGGAGAGGAUGGAUGCCCUGGACCGGAUGCUCAUGCGGCUGGCCCUCGCCGACGACGCGCGCCUCGCGCCGGUGCUCGCCCGCGUCCUCCCCUACGCCGUCACCUCGCUGGCCUCCCCCGCGCCGGCCGUCCGAAAGCUCGUUAUGGAAAUUCUUAGUCACAUUAACAAAAGGGUGAAGCACAGGCCUGAGAUUUCAUUGCCAAUGCUGGAGUUAUGGAAGAUCUAUACUGAAUCUACUUCCGCAACAAUGGUCCGAAACUUUUGUAUCAUAUAUAUUGAGAUGGCGUUUGAGCGCCUGCCAACCGAGGAGAAAGGGAACAUCGCACCUGAUCUUUUAAUCAAUAUAUCAAAUGUUCCAGCCCAGCAUCAAGGGAUCAUCUUGAGACUUGUAACAAAGGCUAUUGGCGAAUAUAACACCCAUAAGGCGGACGAGACUAUUGCGUCAAAAUAUCAAGUAAUAACUGAAACCAAGGAUGGUCUAGUAUUUGCUGAAUUCUGUUUUCACACAUUAUUGUAUCAAGCACCACCUCAAGGUACUGGAUGCCCAGCAGGACUGUCAGUUGCCCAAUCAGAACGUGUCACCAGAAAACAACCCCUAAAAAUCGACGUACUUGCAUCAAGAAAGCUAGGAAUCUUGAAUGUCAUUGAAGCUAUGAACUUCGCACCUGAGAUUGUGUACCCUCUUUAUUUAUCUGCUUCUUCAGAUAGCCAAGAGCCAAUUUCUAAGAAAGGAGAAGAGUUCUUAAAGCGCAAAGCUUCAACAGUAAAUUUAGAAGAUCCGAACCUUAUCAAGAGACUGUUCACAUUGUUCAAUGGUACUGUGGGUGCAGAAAAUAUAGCUGCAGAGCUGAAAGUUUCCCCAGCACAUGCUUCGUUGCGUAUGCGGCUUAUGAGUGUUUUCUGCCGAUCAGUUGCUGCAGCAAAUGCAUUUCCACACACACUUCAAUGCAUCUUCAGCUGCAUCUACGGAAGUGGAACUACUUCAAGGCUGAAGCAGUUAGGAAUGGAGUUCACUGUCUGGGUUUUCAAACAUGCAGUAACUGACCAGCUAAAGUUAAUCGGUCCAGUUAUACUUAGUGGAAUAUUGCGCUCCCUUGAUGGUUCUUCAACUGCAGAAACAGAUUCUACCGGUAGAGAUACCAAAAUAUUUGCCUACCAGGCUAUUGGUUUGCUUGCCUCUCGCAUGCCAAAUUUAUUCAGUGAUAAAACUGACAUGGCUAUACGACUCUUUACUGCUUUGAGAUUGGAGGAUCAAUCUCUUCGUUUGACAAUUCAAGAGGCGGCUACUUCCCUUGCUACAGCAUAUAAGCGUGCUGCAACGAUAGUACUGAAGGAUCUUGAGGCGCUUCUUCUGGAAAAUUGUGAAGCGGAGCAAAGUGAGGUUCGCUUUUCUGCUAUAAGAUGGGCAACAACAUUAUACGAUACAUGGCACUGUUCAAGCCGGUACAUUUGCAUGAUUGGGGCUUCAGAUGUUAAACUGGACAUAAGGGAAAUGGCUCUAGCUGGUCUAAAUCUUAUGAAUGAUGGGAGGCAAUCAUCUGCAGGGUCUGGUGAUUUCAGCUAUCCUGAUGUAAAGGAGAUGAUAAAUUAUAUCUGCUGUCAGCGACCUCAGUUGCUGCAUUCUGAUGAGCAGAGAAAUGGAAAAUUACUUUUCCCUUCAAAAACAUUUGUUUCAUUGAUCAAGUUUCUGAUGAAGUGCUUUGAGUCUAGUGAUAGCUCAAAUCUUUUGCAAGAUCCAUCUGAUUCUGCUGUAGCAAAAAUGUGUGUCAUCUUAGAACAUGCCAUGUCAUAUGAAGGGUCUAGUGAACUGCAUGCGCUGGCCUUGAAGUCAUUGGUUGAACUUUCUUCUCGUGAGCCAAAGUUGGUGUCAUUGCGGUAUGCAGAACGCAUAAAUUGGCUAAGAACUCUUUUGGGUCAUGUUGAUUCUGAUGCUCGUGAAGCUGCGUCACGCCUGCUUGGUAUUGCUUCUUCAGCUCUUUCAACCUCUUCUGCACCAAGUCUUCUGUCUGAGCUCACUUCAACACUGAGUCAAAGCCGUCCAUCAAGAUUUGAAAAUUACCAUGGAGUUCUGUGUGCGAUCGGGUACCUAACAGCUGGUGCUUUGAAGCAAUCUUAUAUAUCUGAGGAUAUGGUAAAAAAUGUAGUUGAUAUUCUUGUAAAAGUAGUUAUCUCUGAAGGUUCGACAUUAGCAUCUGUUGCAAUGGAAUCUCUUGGUCACAUUGGUCUGCGUUGUGCAUUGCCUUCCAUCAACCAAAACUCUUCUACAGGUACACUAUUAAGCGUUCUCCGUGAGAGGCUGACUAAGCUUCUUUCUGAAAAUGACACUAAAGCUCAACAGAAAAUUCUUGUAUCAUUGGGGCACAUAUCUUGGAAUGAGAUGUCCUUUCCUCACCUGAAUGAUGCAUUAGACUUGAUUUUUAGCCUUUCACGUUCUAAGGUGGAAGAUGUACUUUUUGCUGCGGGGGAGGCUUUAUCUUUCAUAUGGGGAGAAGUUCCUGUGACAGCAGAUGUGAUACUGGAGACGAACUUUGUUUCCCUUUCCCAGGCCACAAACUAUCUUACCGGUGAUGCAUCUCUAGUCUCGAGUAACUCCUAUGAAAAAAGUGCUUGUGAAGAAGCACACUCAGUUGCACGAGACGAAAUUAUUAAAAAGUUGUUUGAAACACUAAUUUAUAGCAGUAGAAAAGAAGAACGCUGUGCAGGUACUGUCUGGUUGGUCUCACUGACGAUGUACUGUGGCCGACAUAAAAAAAUCCUAGAACUACUUCCGCAAAUCCAGGAAGCCCUUUCACAUCUUCUUGGUGAUCCAAAUGAGCUUACGCAAGAUUUGGCAUCUCAAGGCAUGAGUAUUGUGUAUGAGCUUGGUGAUGCAUCUAUGAAAGAGGAGCUGGUUCAUGCUCUGGUGAACACACUGACUGGCGCUGCAAGAAAGAAAAAAGCCAUUAAGUUGAUGGAGGAUUCCGAGGUCUUUCAAGAAGGCACAAUUGGCAAUAAUCCUACUGGAGGGAAACUUAGCACGUACAAGGAGCUGUGCAGUCUUGCCAAUGAGAUGGGGCAACCUGACCUGAUAUACAAGUUCAUGGAUCUAGCUAAUUAUCAGGCUGCUCUCAAUUCUAAAAGGGGUGCUGCUUUUGGAUUUUCCAAGAUAGCCAAACAAGCUGGCGAGGCACUUCAACCUUAUCUGCAUACCUUAAUUCCUAGGCUUGUCCGUUACCAACACGACCCUGAUAAAAACAUCCAGGAUUCAAUGGUACACAUCUGGAAGUUAAUUGUUUCAGAUCCGAAAAAAGCAAUAGAUGAACAUUAUGAUGCCAUAGUAGAGGAUCUAUUGGUUCAAUCUGGAUCGAGGCUUUGGCGCUCACGAGAAGCAUCCUGUCUUGCACUUGCAGACAUCAUCCAAGGUCGAAGAUAUAGUCAGGUUUGUAAACAUUUGAGAAAAAUAUGGACAACCACCUUCCGUGCAAUGGAUGACAUAAAGGAAACUGUGCGAACUGCUGGUGACAGUUUGUGCCGAGCCGGCAUACUCAGUAAAGUUCCAAGUGUUCAAAAAGCUGCUAUUAGUUUGGUCAUGAAGCUUGCUAAGGGUGCUGGUCCUGCCCUUCGUCCUCAUCUGCCGGAACUUGUUAGUUGUAUGCUUGAAUGUUUGUCAAGUCUGGAGGAUCAAAGGUUGAAUUAUGUUGAGAUGCAUGCAGGGAAUGUUGGCAUCAAAACUGAUAAGCUUGAAAGCUUGCGUAUAGCUGUGGCUAAAGAUUCUCCAAUGUGGGAAACUCUUGAUAUCUGUAUAAAAAUUGUUGAUAAGAAUUCACUUGAUCUAUUGGUUCCUCGCUUGGCUCAAAUGGUUAGAUCAGCUGUUGGCUUAAAUACAAGGGUUGGUGUUGCUAGCUUCAUAACCUUGUUGGUGCAGAGGGUCAUGGUUGACAUCAAACCAUUCACAACAAUAUUACUGAAGUUAUUGUAUACUGCUGUUCUGGAGGAAAGGAGUUCUGCCGCUAAAAAGGCUUUCGCGUCCUCUUGUGCAACUGUUUUGAAAUACGCUAGUCUUCCCCAGGCUCAGAAGCUUAUUGAAGAUACUACCUCUCUGCAUUCAGGUGGGAAAAACGAUCAGUUAUCUGGUGCAAUUCUUAUUAAAGCCUACUUGAGCAAUGCAGCGGAUAUUCUUGGUGGAUAUAAUGCGGUGGUUAUCCCUGUAAUUUUUGUGUCGAGGUUUGAUGAUGAUAAAGACACCAGUGCUUUAUAUGAAGAACUUUGGGAGGAUAUUCCUACUAGUGAAAGAGUAACCCUAACACUAUAUUUACCAGAAAUUGUAUCUCUUUUAUGUGAUGGCAUGUCAUUGUCAUCAUGGGCUGGUAAAAGAAAGUCAGCCAAGGCUAUAAAGAAGCUAUGUGAUAUUCUUGGAGAACCCCUAUCAGCACACUACCAGAAUAUUCUCAAAUCACUUUUGAAAGAAUUGCCAGGUCGAUUCUGGGAGGGAAAAGAUGCUAUUCUGGACGCAUUGGCUUCAUUGUGUUCUUGCUGUCAUGUUGCUAUAACUGCAGAAGACUCCAGCUUUCCAAGUGUUAUACUAAAUGCUGUGUGUGCUGCGUGCAGUAGGAAAUCAAAAUUGUACCGUGAAGCAGCUUUCUUGUGUCUACACAAAGUGAUUGUGGCAUUCAGAGAUCCAGGAUUUUUCAAUAGUGUGUUUCCAAUGUUGUACGAGGUUUCUAACCAAUCUGUCAUUUCGAAGACAAAAGGCUCUGCUGGUGCGGAACUAGAUGAAAGUGAAUGUGCUUCUUUUUCUCUGGAUAAAGUGCUCAAUUGUGCAACAUCUUGCAUCAGUGUCGCUUUUCCACAGGAUAUUAUCAACCAAAAGAAGAAUGUUUUAGAACUAAUAUUGAAUUCUCUCUCACCUGAGGAGAGUUGGCAAGUUAAACUAUCAUCCUUCUUGUGUAUCAAAGAGUUGUGCCUGAAAUUUCACAGUUCUGGUGAUAGUAGCACAUGGCCUCAAGACACAGCUUGCUUGGUUCAGGAGUUAUUUCAUUUGGUAUCACCAAAAUUAGUAGACUCCAUAAGAUUAGUAAAGAUUGCUCAGGUUCACAUUGCUGCAUCGGAGUGCCUUCUUGAUUUGAGCAAACUGUACAGAGACUUCCCAUUGUUGGACAGAACAGAGGCCAAGUUCGAGGAUGAACUUGCAGAGCUCUGCGAGUCUGAAAAAAGUGAACAAGCAAAGGCAAUUCUGAAGGAAUGCCUGGCCAUUCUUAAAACUCUUCCUGGAGUAACCAUGACGACGGAUUAA